GCCCGCGCCCUUCCCGCCCGCCCGCCCGCCCGCCCUGCCGCCCCGGGACCGGCCGUAUGAUCGCCACACACUCUUCAAUGAGUAAACAUAGUCCUCAGUUCUGUGGUGUUCUUGGUCACACAUUUAUGGAGUUUCUGAAGGACAGUGGAGACUACUGCCAGGCACAGCACGACCUCUAUGCAGACAAGUGAACUGUAGAAAUUUAUUAUUACUCCACCAAGAAGCCCCCUUAAGAGCGGUUAACCUGGAUAAGAAGUGUUAAAUUGAAACUGGCAGAGCAUUUUUACAAAGGAGAAUCUGACCUGGAUGGGGUAAACCUCAGUGCACUGCCUUUCCUUUGCCUCAGUAUUACUGGAUCGAAGAAUUGCUGCUUCUUGUUAGGAGAUUCAUUUCAUUUCCCAUUGUUCCAACUUCCUCCGUAAGGCACUGAGAAGUUCAAGUGGAGUAGAGUGAAGCAGACUCCGUUUCUUUAUAUCAUUUCUCUAUUAGAAUUUUUAAAUCCUUUGUAAUCUUGUUGCGCAUCUAACUAAAUUAACAUGGCUCGAAUGAACCGUCCAGCUCCUGUGGAAAUCACCUACAAGAACAUGAGAUUUCUUAUCACACACAACCCAACCAAUGCAACCUUAAACAAAUUUAUAGAGGAGCUUAAGAAAUACGGAGUUACCACAGUGGUCAGAGUCUGUGAAGCCACCUAUGACACUGCUCUUGUGGAAAAAGAAGGCAUUCAAGUUCUAGACUGGCCUUUUGAUGAUGGUGCUCCACCAUCGAAUCAGAUUGUUGAUGACUGGCUAAAUCUGGUGAAAACUAAAUUCCGUGAGGAACCCGGCUGUUGCAUUGCUGUUCACUGUGUGGCAGGUCUUGGGAGAGCUCCUGUGCUAGUUGCCCUCGCUCUAAUUGAAGGAGGAAUGAAAUAUGAAGAUGCAGUGCAAUUCAUAAGGCAAAAGCGUCGUGGAGCCUUUAAUAGCAAACAACUUCUGUAUUUGGAGAAGUACCGUCCUAAAAUGAGACUGCGCUUCAAGGAUUCUAAUGGUCAUAGAAAUACCUGUUGCAUUCAGUAAAGCCGGGCUGCCUAUACUAUUGCCUUGGAAGCAGAUUGGAAAUUGAAACUUGAGGCAAAUUAUGUACAUAAUUGCCAACUUGUCCUUGUUGAAUUAUAGGCCUAAUGAAGCUUCCUUAGGAGUACCGAGAACAAACUUACAGGCCACAAGCUUGGCAGAAAUGCAACUUCUGUCUAGGUUAACAUCAACCUGUCCAGAUACUUAGUAAAAGAUUCCUGCUGUUCAGCCUUUGGAGCUUCUUGUUUAUCGUUUGUAUCAAUUGAACCUGAAAUCAUGCAGUUUUGAGUUCUAAAUCUCACUUACCCAUUACGAGAGUCUUGUCCAUAAAUAUGAAUUGUAGAGGGAUUAGGUGCCAAAAUAUCCAGCACAAUACUCGCAUAUUUUGCAUUAUAUGGUGUAGUUGCUUGGUUGUCAACUAACUAAUCUAGACCCUACAUGGCUCCUACUCCUUCAGUCAUUUCAAUAUUGAAGAUAGGGCCUGUACGGUAAUCUGCCUGCUCACUAUAUAUGUUUACAUCUCCCACAAUCGCACUAGAGUAUCAGGAUUUGCACAACCAUUCUUUUUGUUGGGUUUUUAUUCAGUCUUACCGUGAUCUUUUAAUGUCUUUUCGUAAAACUGUUUAAUUUUGUGCUAUUAAGGAAACCUGCAUUUAAAAAAGACCAUAAUCCUCUGGUUGAAAAGUCAUGUUCGAAUCUCUACUUUAUAUUGUACAGAAGCACACAAAGUCUUUAAUGUCUCCAGACAAAAAGCCUUACAGUUAAUUUAAUGUUAGCACUCUAUGGUGCAACUUAACAGGGAGGGACUGAAAAGAAUGGGAGGGGGCUAUUGAUAUUUCUAGUAAAAUGUUGCCUUUGUCUUGUGCAGGACGUAUAGAAUAUGCCCUUUUACUUUGGUAAAUAUUUUUUUAAAAUGUAGAGAUGCUUUGUUAUUGUAGCUAAAAUGAUUCUUAAUCAUAAAAUUUCAGAAAAAUCUUGUAAUUUCUUUUAUUGUACCUAUUGAGAGUUGUUUAUCAACUAUUGCUUUGUUGGAAAGUGUGAUUUUUUUUUUCCCUCUCUUUCGCUCCCUCUCCUUCACUCUCCCCAUUCCCUUGAGUUUCUGCUAUGAACUGAGCAGACCUAAUAUUUUGUAUGCCUUUUGAGCUGCGUAACUUAAUAUUUGGAUACUUGAUGAUUUGUUUUAUUAUGUAAUUGAUAAAAUGGUGGUGUGUAUUAAUGUUAGUUGAUCCAUAUAUUUAUACUGUCUUGGGAAUGUGUGGUUAUAGUUCUGUGGGAGAAUAAUUUACCAGUGUUCACCAGCUUGUAAAAUCUAGUGCGAAAGCUUAAACAUCUAAAUAAAUACUGAAAUGCAU